AUGAAUCAAGAUCUGCUUGCGCGGCUACAGAACCCACGCCAAAUAUCACGAAGUGAACACCCCAAGAUACAACGGGUGGCACAUCAUCUGAGGAAUCGAAAAGAUUUUGCCGAGUACUACUCUCCUAAGAUGAUGUCACUGGGUCCCAUUCACCACGGCACAACCCAUCUGGAGCUAGGAGAGAAGUACAAGCUCAUGUGGGCAUCCAUGUAUGUCCAAAGGGAUCAACAAAGCAGGGCCCAAAUUCUGCAUCGAAAGAUCGCAGAAAACAUCGAGGAACUCAAGAGUCUAUACGAUGAAGAUGCGAUCGGUCACCUUAGCAACGAAGAACUGGUGCAGGUGUUGUUUUUGGAUGGUUGCGCUCUGCUUGAAAUCUUAAAGCAUCCAGACAUCUUGAACCCGGAACCCCUCAAUGCCAAGGUUGACCAGCUCGUUCUUGUUCACCAAGAUGCGCUUUUGUUAGAGAACCAACUUCCCUUCCGAGUGCUCCAGCUUUUAAGUGAUGAUGUCCCCGGCACUGAGCAGUCUGAGCUCCUCAAAGACAUGGACACAUUCCUUCGGUAUCAUCAUUUUUCACAAGAAAAAACUAUUCAGGAUCGAGCCGAACUUGUAAUUGACGUCACCGUCUCUCCUCCAUCUCAUCUUCUUGAUCAACUACGGAGGAAUGUGCUGGCUGGAUUUCCUCCUCCUGCUCUAGAGAAACGGAUCCCGAAAAGUGGCACGAUAACAUACAGGAAUUUGAAAGAGCUGAGAGCAGCGGGGAUUCAAGUGAAAAGAAGCGAGUCAGAGUGCCCCAUCCACAUCACUUUCUCCUCUGGUUGGAUAAGUGGAGAACUGAGACUUCCUGACAUAAUAGUGGACGGCACAACUGCUUCAACAUACCUGAACUUGACGGCGUACGAGGCUUGCCCGGACUUCGAGAACAACUACGAGAUAAGCUCGUACGUAGAAUUUCUGUCAUCGAUGAUUAAAUACCCACAUGAUGUCAAGGAACUGAGAUCACGUGGAUGUAUACGGAACGCCCUUGGCAGCGAUGAAGACGUAGCCAACUUCGUUAAUUCCAUAGCUGUUGGCGUGGUGCCUAACGUGGUAAUAUAUGACUCUGUUAGAUUUGAAAUCGAAAGGCAUUUCAGAUCAAGAUACAAGGCAUGGCUUGCUCAAGCUUAUUAUGCCUACUUCAGCAACCCUUGGUCCAUUAUUGCAUUACUUGCUGCCUGUCUGGCACUUAUUCUUACUUUUCUUCAGACCUGGUUUACCAUUCAUCCCUCUAAAUAG